AUUCGCUCUUGCCUUCUGGACGUGACGAGUAAACGUUGCCAAUAAUUGCAAAGACAUUUCGAAUCGCAAACACAAUUCGUUCACUUUGUUUGUCGGAUUUUCAAAAUCGCGGACGGUACGCGUGGCACGUGACACUGUCUGAGAGCAAUUCUGCGCCAGCGAUGCGAAACGCGCAAGCUCAGAUUGAUUUUCUCUCUGGUCAGCUGGUGCUGUUCAUCUACGGACGAUGCGGUUAAUCUGUCGCACGAUUUUCGGUGGACGAAUUUCAUUGAUAAUAAAACUGACAUGGCCGAAGAGUCCGCGAUAAAACGAGACAGAGGUUCGCCGUGUGUAGUCGAAAGUCGAAUGUGAAUGGUGAUCAGAAAUCGUCUGCCUCUGACAGUAAGUGUUGAAUGGAGAACGUGUAUCGCGAGUGGUGGUAGAGACUCAUAACGCAAUUUGUUCAUCCGAGUCGUCCAAAGCACCGAAAAACCAUGACCUCCUCACCCUCGUCCAGUACCAGUUCCGCGUACGCUAGUACUGACGAUGUUCGUCAGUACUACAGCAACGAUAAGCGAAAUUUCUUCGAUACGGAUGACGUCGGGACAGCUCGACUAUUACGCUCGUACUCACCUCAUCGCGUCAAAGCGAGAGGAUUUCUCGCGAGAUUGCGAAUCGACAAGUCCUAUAUCAAUACAAAAAGUAUUAUAAUAGCGGGCGUGAUAUUAGCCACAGUAAUUCUUUCGAUAAUAGCGAUCUGCAGUGUUUACGGGGCCAGUAGGGACGUUGAAAUUCAAGAAAACGAAGAAAUACCGCCCGAUCCGGAAACACCAUUACCUCCGUCAUGGAGCAACCUGAAAACUUUCAAACGCGCUGCUGUUUGUGCGGAUGGUGCACCAUGUGCCGUCAUUGGCAAUUCAAUUCUAGAAAAAAAUGGCUCGGCGGUGGAUGCGACUAUAGCUGCGAUGAUUUGCAACGGUCUCGUGAACAUGCAGAGCAUGGGCAUUGGAGGUGGCUUUUUCAUGACAAUUUACGAUAAAGCUUCGAAACGAGCGUACACAUUGACCGCGAGAGAUCGUGCUCCGUUAGCUGCCAAUGCAACAAUGUAUGAUGGAAAGCCCAAAGAGGCGUCGUUCAUCGGCCCGUUGGCCAUCGCUGUUCCUGGGGAAUUGGCAGGGUACUGGGAAGCCCAUCAACGUUUCGGUAAAUUACCAUGGGCCGAUUUAUUCAGACCCUCGAUCGAACUGUGCGAAGAAGGAUACAAUCUGACGAAAAUUCAACACGACGGAUUCAGAUACACCGCGAAGAACAUUUACAAGGAUCGCGUGUUAAAAGAGUUGUUCGUAGAUCCAAGCACGAACGACUUUUAUAAACCAGGUACCAUCAUCAAACCGAGGAUGCUCUGUAAAACUUUGCGAAUAAUCGCAGAGAAAGGAGUCUCGGAAUUUUAUAACGGAACACUUGGUGAACUUCUGGUAGAAGAUUUGCAAAAGAAAGGGUCGAUAAUAACGACGAAAGAUUUGAACAAUUACAGAGCAACGUGGGACGAACCACUUCAAUCGAACCUGUCCAAUGGAAUGAAACUGUUUACAAUCGGUUUACCAGCGAGUGGUGCACUUCUCACCUAUAUUUUAAAUAUCUUGGAUGGGUUUAACUUCACGCCUGACAGCUUGACUGAUUUCAAUCGAACCAUUCUUACAUAUCAUCGAAUGAUCGAGACGUUCAAAUACGCGUACGCGUUGAGGAAUGAUAUGGGCGAUAAAGAAUUCGUCGAUAUGGAAGAAUUGACGAAGAAUCUGACGUCUAAAACUCAAGCGCAAGAAACACAAAUGAAGAUAGAUGAUCACAAAACGUGGGACGAUCCAGUUCAUUAUGGAGCGCGUACGCUGAGCAGCGCGAAAGAUCAAGGAACUGCACAUGUUUCAGUAUUAGCGCCAAAUGGGGACGCAGUUUCAGCUACUAGUACUAUCAACUUCUAUUUUGGAAGCGGAAUAGUCAGCGAAAGUACCGGAAUAUUGUUGAACAAUGAAAUGAACGACUUUGGUAUACCGUCGACAUUUAAUUACUUCGGAGUUCCACCCAGUCCGAACAAUUAUAUCGCCCCUGGCAAAAGAUCUUUGUCAUCUAUGGUACCCUCAAUAGUUGUCGACGAAAAUGAUGAUGUAAGAAUGGUCGUUGGUGCUUCUGGUGGUACUAAGAUCACCACGACAGUCUCUCAGAUAAUGGCCAAGAUCAUGUGGAUGGGCCAAACGGUAAAGGAAGCGGUGGACGCUCCUCGAAUACAUCAUCAGUUAUUCCCGGCAGAAGUAGCCUACGAGUAUGGCGUGCCAAAACAGGUGAUCGAUGGGUUGAAAAAGAUCGGCCACAAAACUGCUCGUUACAGAGUUCGUGGCAGCGUAGCCUGCAUCAUUUACACCAAGAACAAUACGGUAUACGCGAACGCGGACUUCCGGAAAGGAGGAGACGUGUAUGGACUCGAUUAA